AUGACCAUUUCUACCGACACUCCUUGUGGACCCCGCGUUGGCGUCAACGGCAUUCCGGCGACCAAGAUGCGUGUCUUUUUGGUACAGACCGCACAAGGUCUCACUCCCUCCUCAGGAGGCUACAAGGCGAACGUCAACCUUCUCCGCCAACUGCGACUUUUGGGCCACGACGCCGCCCAAAUCUGUUACGGUUUCGAAGACGAAGUCGAGAAGUACGCCGAGCUUGCCAGGGCCAAAGGCGUUGAGCCCAACGUCACCAACCACUCAGCUUUGCCGGUGAUGGACUCCAAGGGCAACCAGCAUGAACUCGACGUCAAGACAUUCAUGGAUGAGCAUGGCAUUCACAAUAUCGUCAUCUCUCGCGUCCCCUUCAAUGAAGCUUACCCCACUAGGGAAUUCUGGCAGGAUACCAAAGAUUACCUUGAGGAGCGCUCCAUUACGCAGCGCAUGCAGACCUUGAUCGAAAUCUUCUCCGAGCAUAUCACUGCCUACCGUCCUACCCACGUCGUCUUCAAUGAUCCCGUCACUAUGAAAGUCACGGCCGACCACGCACUGCGUCCCACCUUCAAACGUAUCAACGUUAUCCACACCGCUGAACAGCUGCCUUUUGGCCCGUAUUGCAACGGCAUUCUGGGCCAUUGCUCAUCCCCUGAGGUCGAAGACCGACUGCUUAGAGAGCUUGAAGGAAUCUGGGUGGUCUCGAAGGCCAUCGGAGACUAUGCUUGGCAGUACGGAAAACUCAAGACCACAUUCCUAGUGCACAGUCCGCUCACUUACCUCGAUGCCCGCACCGGAGGCAUGCCUGUCCAGCGCUACAACAUUGACAAAUUCGAAGUCGGCAUGGUUAACCCCUGCCCUCACAAGGGUCUUUCCAUCCUUGUUGAGCUCGCCAAAAGACUGCCGCAAAUUCAGUUUGUCACUUGGAGCAGCUGGGGCUCUGCACGCAAACACCUUGAUCAGCUCAAGUCACUUCCCAACAUGAAGGUCAUGCCUACAACCAGCAACACAGAUGAAAUUUGGGACCGCAUCAAGGUCCUACUUGCACCUUCUGUCUGGCUCGAGGCGUGGGGCGUUGUCGUGACUGAGGCCCAGCUUCGCGGCAUCCCCGUUAUUGCUUCCAAUGCCGGCGGACUCAAGGAGGCCAAGAUCGACUUACCAUACUGCCUCCCCGUCAACGUCGUCACCGGUGCUAAGCACGAGAAUGGUGACUAUAUCGUCCCGGAGCAAAACAUCGACCUUUGGGAGGAUGCCGUUCGCCGCUUGAUGACCUGCAAGCAAAACUACGACAUGGUCGCACGCGCAACUGCCCAAGGCUCUGUCAAGUGGCUUGACGGUCUCGACCCUCGUGCCCACGAGAAGUGGUUUCUGGGAAUGAUGACCGCUUGA